AUGAGAGGAUACAGAACCAUCAAAUACACACUCUUCAUCUUCUGCUACCUCUUCUGGGUCGUCAGUGCCAUCCUCAUCGCGGUGGGGAUCUACGCCAAGAUCGCCAAGGAGAAACAUGUGGUGGACACUCUGAUGGUCGACCCGGCGCUCCUGCUGAUCGUCGUCGGCUCAUUGAUGUUCCUCAUCACGUUCCUCGGAUGUCUCGGAGCGCUGCGCAACAUCACCUGCCUGCUGAAAACGUUCCUGGGAAUCCUGACAGUGAUCCUCCUCCUGCAGAUCGCUGCGGGGGUUGUGGGAUAUCUCUUCACGGACAUGGUGAUGGAGAGGACAGAGAAGCUGAUGAUGAAGGCCAUCGACCGCUACAGAGAAGACCCUGACCUGGAGAACGCCAUCGACUUUGUCCAGAAGAAGUUUCAGUGCUGUGGGGUGGAGAGUUAUAAAGACUGGUCCCAUAACGUCUACUUUGAGUGUUCAGACACCAACCCCAGCGUGGAGGCCUGUGGAGUUCCAUUCUCCUGCUGCAUCGGUCUGAACAACCAGACGGUGUUGAACACCAUGUGUGGGUAUGGGAUGCAGCAGCUGGAGGAGAGCUCGGCUAGUGUGGAGGUUUCCACCAUCGGCUGUCUGGAGAAGAUCAUCUGGUGGGCGAAGAACAACCUGCUGCUGGUGGCCGGUCUGACUGCCGGCCUGCUGCUGCUGGAGGUUGGGAUGAUCUGUCUGGCGGCGGCUCAGAUCUCCAGGAUCAAAAAAGUCCAACAACAGAAGAAAGAAAACGCAGCUAGAAGCAGAUCAGAGAGGAGGGACAGCUACUGGUAUCCUGCUUUUGCAAAUUUUGAUGAUUAUUAAUCCAGAUUCUGUUCUAAGCUGAAGGAAAAAAAUCUGGAAAAAAAGCCAAAUACUUCUCCUGUAAGCUGUUU